AUGCGUGCUUGUGAUGUUGAUUUUCAAGUGGUUAGUUCAGUUGUAUAUCAACAAAUUUCACAAUCACUUGAUGAUAUUUCUUUAAUAAAUUCAUCAACAACAAUAAUAAAUAAAACAAUAAUAUCACCAUAUUCAUCUCCAAAAAGUCAAACAUUAUUAUCAUCAGUAAUUAAAUCACCAAUGAAUACAUCAUUAACAUCAAGUAAUGCACAUAUGACUGUAACAAUCAUUCUUCAAAAUGAUACAACAUAUACAUUAUUAUGUGAAAAUGAUUAUGAUAUGUCAUGUUGGAGUGAUGGAUUUAAUAUUCUUUUACAUAAAGAAAUGAAUAGUUUUUAUGCUCAAGAAGAAAUGGAAUUAUUAUUAAAUUUACUUUGUCAACUUCAAAUAUUGGAAUUAGAUAGUCCAUCAAUUAUUUUACCACAAUAUCAAUUACCUGUUCCUAUUCGUUUACCACCAAUUCGUCCUGUAUCUUCAACAUCAUAUGUUUUUUUUUAUACCUUAAAUCGAUCUUUAAUAUUUAACUAUUAA